AUGAUCACCAAAAAUAUCUCCACCAGACGUCUGGGCUUUCCUGGAGAAGGACGUUCAACUCCCGACAAGUAUAAUGAUGUGCAUGUCGACAUCACUCAGGAAGAGUGGGCAUUGAUGGAUCCUUCACAGAGGAAUCUCUACAAAGAUGUGAUGCUGGAGACCUUUAUGAACCUCACUGCUAUAGGCUACAACUGGGAAGAUCUUGAAGUUGAAGAACAUUGUCAAAAUUCUCGAAAACACGGAAGGCAUGAAAGAAGUCAUACUACAGAGAAAUCAUCUGAACACACUCAGUGUGGUCAAGUCUUUGUACAUCAUAGUCAUCCUCCAAGGUAUAAAGAAAUACAUACUGGAGACCAACACUAUGAAUAUAAUCAAUACAGUAAAGUCUUUGCUUACCCCACUCAUAUUCAAGUACAUAAAAGAACACAUGCUGGAGAGAAACCCUGUGAAUGUAAUCAGUGUGGGAAAGCUUUUGCUUAUCACAAUCAUCUUCAAGGGCAUAAAAGAAUACAUACUGGAGAGAAACCCUAUGAAUGUAAUCAGUGUUAUAAAUCCUUUGCUGAUCACAAUGCUCUUCAAAGGCAUAAAAGAACACAUACUGGAGAGAAACCCUAUGAAUGUAAUCAAUGUGGUAAAGCUUUUGCUCGUCACAGUACUCUUCAAUUGCAUGAAAGAACACAUACUGGAGAGAAACCCUAUGAAUGUAAUCAGUGUGGGAAAGCGUUUGCUCAUAGUAGUUAUCUUCAAGGGCAUGAAAGAACACAUACUGGAGAGAAACCCUAUCAAUGUAAUCAGUGUGGUAAAUCUUUUGCUUAUCACAGUAAUCUUCGAGUACAUAAAAGAAUACAUACUGGAGAGAAACCCUAUCAAUGUAAUCAGUGUUGUAAGUCCUUUGCUGAUCACAAUGCUCUUCAAAGGCAUAAAAGAACACAUACUGGAGAGAAACCCUAUGAAUGUAACCAAUGUGGUAAAGCUUUUGCUCAUCACAGUACUCUUCAAUUGCAUGAAAGAACACAUACUGGAGAGAAACCCUAUGAAUGUAAUCAGUGUGGGAAAGCGUUUGCUCAUAGUAGUUAUCUUCAAGGGCAUGAAAGAACACAUACUGGAGAGAAACCCUAUCAAUGUAAUCAGUGUUGUAAGUCCUUUGCUUAUCACAAUACUCUUCAAAGGCAUAAAAGAACACAUACUGGAGAGAAACCCUAUGAAUGUAAUCAGUGUGGGAAAGCCUUUGCACAAAAUGGUGCUCUUCAAAGGCAUAAAAGAACACAUACUGGAGAGAAACCCUAUGAAUGUCAUCAGUGUGAUAAAGCUUUUGCUCGAAGUAGUGAUAUUCAAAGGCAUGAAAGAACACAUACUGGAGAGAAACCCUAUGAAUGUAAUCAGUGUGGGAAAGCCUUUGCACAAAAUGGUGCUCUUCAAAGGCAUAAAAGAACACAUACUGGAGUCAAACCCUGUGAAUGUCAUCAGUGUGAUAAAACUUGCUCAUCGUAG